UCCGACCUUUCUCAAGGACGCACGUUGAGAUCAGACGUGCUGCCCGUGACUUCGGGUGUAGGGACAGAGGAGCAAUCUCUCAUGGAACUCUACAAUACAGAGUAAACCUUUCAUUUUGAAAAAGAUCAGACCGUGACUCACAACUUGUUCCCCCCCUCCCUCCUGUCCCUUUACAAUGGCAUCAGCAGGUACGAAACGUCCUCUCUCUCCGCACGAAGACGAUCGUUCUCGACACGGCCACGGCGAGUCAUCUAGGUCGAGUCACCAUGAUCGAAAGGACAAGCCCAAAGAUUGGCGCGAUGCCUUCCUGGAUGAUGAACCUCGACGGCGGUCCAAGGAUCACAGGGUCAGGAGCAGGGAAGGAGACUACCAUCGCUCGCGAGAUGACAGGGACCCUAGAGAUGAGCGAUACAGACGGGAUAUGGACCGACGGGGCGGACGCUACGAGGACGACAGAAGAGGGGGUGGCGACAGACGCGGCGAUAUGAGUCGUCAUUAUGAUAGAGACUAUCGAGGAUCUCGCAGAGACACAACGGAUCAUCACCGAGAGCGUGAGCACAUCGGUGGCGAGAAAGUCUCUUCCCGACGCUAUGGUGACACGCGUGAUCGCAGGGACCAUGAUGAUGCCUCUGUAGACAGGGAGGACGGAGAGUGCGUCGCGAGUCAGUACACUGUCGAAUCAUCGCUGAUGAGCACGACAUCUAGGAUCGAAGGAUCUCCAGAGAAAAAGCAACACCCUUUGCCGGCUUCACCCAGUGCCUCAAGAGAUGUCUCAAAGAGUCCUCGAGAUCCCCGGCAAGCAUCCAGCAGUGCUCAGUCCAUGUCAAGAGGGAACUUCAAAUCUGUCUCGAUCCCAACUGGACCGAAAGGUGCUUCUUUUUCCUCUUCCAUGGGAGGUAUCUCAAAUGUCUUUGAUCGACGCGACCAGCGCGACGUUGGUCCUAGCAAUAACUCAAGUGGACAAUCAUCAGUACCAGAGGAGCCUAUUGUCACAUUGGAGGAAGAGACAGAUCCCGAAAAAAUCCUAGAGGAAAGACGAAGGAAGAGAGAGGAGAUCAUGGCCAGGUUCAAGGCAAAGACCAUGAAUGCAGCUCCCUCGCAGGCAGCUUCUGCGAUGGAUAGUCCAUCGACGGGCAACGGAGCUGAUAGUGUCACUACUGCGGGUAUGCAGACUGCAGAGCGAUCUGGAGCGGCCACCGGAACUACAACGGGUGAGUGAGAUGAGACUACUGCCAUGAACGCUGACUUGAAGCAGGUGCCACACUUCUUUUACGCCAUCUAGGCACCAAGUCCUCAACAGCAAACAUUGAGAGCAUUUCCACUCCAGUCAUUGCCUCUACACCUCAGGGUCAUGACCUUGAUCUAGCAAAGCACGGGGACGAAAAGUCGAGUUCAACACAACUCGUCGCGGG